AAAUAAUUUUUUUUUUUUAAAGUUUUUAAACAAAUCAAAUUCAUAAAAUAUUCAUAAAGUAUUAUAUGGCACUCAAUCUGGUGUUGGCUUGUGGCACUCAAUGAAGUGGUGGAUUGUGGCUUCUCUGUUUGCAAUUGCUGCAGUUUUUGUUGCUUGGAAAAACUAUUCAUUUACUCAUGGAAAUUAUGAACUAAUAAUUGGUAUUUUGUCUUCUCGAAAUCAUUUUGACAAUAGAAGAGUUAUUCGAAAUGGGCUAAAAGAUUCUCUGUCCCCAAAUGUAUUAUUAAAGUUUAUCGUAAGCAAGAAUGCAUGCAAUAUUCCUCCAGAAGAUCGUGUUGAUGAGUUCAGAUGUGAAGCAUCACACAGCUCUCACAAAAAAAUAGAUUAUGAAAUGCAUACAACAUAUUAUCUCCAGAACAUUCCUACAGAUUUUCAACUCAUCAACGCUGGUGAUUAUGGACUUGAUUUUCAAGUGAAUCAUCCAAUUGUUAUACAUGAGUUAGGUGUAUAUGACCAUGCCCAAGAUGGAAUUAAAGGAAUGCUCAAAGUUGUUUUAUAUAACUAUGGUAACAAGGAUGUCGUUACAAAAGCUGUCUUCACUUCAUUUAGCACUGGAGAAAAAGAUGGCUUCUAUUUAUAUAAGCCAGCUAAAAGAUUUGUCUUACCAAAGGGUUUUUAUGGUUCACUUGUGGUGCAAGGAGUUUCAAAUGAUGAUCCAGUUUUGGGAAAUGCUGAUUGUAUAGUUAAUAGUGGUGGAGGUUUGAUUACACAUAAAAUGUUUUACCGGAGUUUAUCUGCAACUGACAGUUAUUUCCCUGGAUUUCAAAAUAAAUACUUUAACAGUUCUUGCUUUAUUGCUGGACCUUCUUUCAGAUAUUCUUCAUAUGAAAAUAGUGAUAAUGGUGAAAGUGAUUUUCAGAGAAUGCAACGACACAAAUACUAUUCAAAUCAAAUUGAAGAACAGGAAAAACGCUUACAAAAAGAGUAUUUGGAAUAUAACGAUAUAUUUUUUGCUGAUGUUGUUGAAAGUUAUCGUAUGUUACCCAUGAAAAUGCUUCACUUUUAUUCUUGGCUUUCAGUAAAAGAAUUCAGUUUUUUUUUAAAGUCUGAUGAUGAUUGCUUCAUUAAUGUAACUGCAAUAUUACAGAUGUUGAAGUAUACUUUACGAAACGGAAAAAAUAAUAUUGUUUUUGGAAGCUUUAGACUGAAUUUUGCUUUGGAUCAACAUGGCAAGUGGGCUGAGCAUGACUUUAUAUCGUUAACUUAUCCACCAUUUCCAUGUGGAUCUGGUUAUUUAUUAUCAAAAGAUAUUGUGGACUGGAUAUUUUACAAUAAGUUUCGUCUCAAGAUUUAUCAAGGAGAAGAUGUAUCUCUUGGUAUAUGGUUAUCUGCUAUAAAUGUUAAUCUAAUUAACGACAAUCGUUUUAGAUGUACUCGAAAUGGACAUGAUGGAGAUUCUUUCACUUCUCCAGACCAUACUCUAGAAGAUUUAAUUUAUCAUUUUGGACCAAAUAAAAAUAUAUUUUAAUCUUUUUAUGAUCAUAUAUAUAUUGUAAAGUUAUAUUUAUUAAAAAUGUUUAGUUUAUUUUAAUGGUUGCGUAAUGAAAAAAUAGUAGUUUAAGAGUUCUAAA